CAAUCUCAUCCCUUGAUAUAUAAUUGUUUCAUAGUAAAUAAAAAAAAAAUCAACCAAAAAAUCAAUCCCUCUAUAUAUAAUCUUAGCCAUGUCGUCCACGGCAUGAGGCACUUCCCCCGGCACGAUGACAACCGGUGGGUCCCGAGGGGACUGGUCCUACAAUUUCAUCAUCACCUUAUCCCAUCAGUGAUCUUUUUUGUACUCAAACUCAAACUCAUCAAUGUCGACUCAAAAUCCUACCUAAUAAACCUUCUGAUCGUAUGUAAGACAAUUGAAUCCGAUCCCAUACCCAUUACAAUUACAAUUACAAUUACAUGGGAUCCCCUCUUUCUAUUUAUUUCAGUCUUAUAUAUAGAUCAGCCUUUGGCGGCGGGACCUGACUUGCUUCCACAAGCUCCUACCCAAGGACAAUUCUUACCUGCGGACAGAGGACUCGGGAGAGAUCUAAGUAUGAAUCUUAUAACAUUCUCUAACAUAACACGAUUUAAUCGGGGAAAAAACGAUAUGUAGCUGCUUACCGCGUUGGAGGAGUUGGCGAGUGGACUCUGCUGGGACUGCGGAAGACAGGACGAGCACCAUGAACAGUACGGCUAUCAGUUGAACGAAAGGAAGAGCCUUUCUCAUCAUCAUCUUGACUGCUUCCAUAUCUCUUUGCUAUGAAAUAUAUGUCUGGGAGACGAGAGAGGUUUCAUAUAUAAUAACUGCAGGGAGGAGCGCUCUGCCCU